AUCGUCAUAACUACACUGUAGCUAUGCACGUAUGACUAAUAAAAGCCUUGAACCUUGAAGCCUUGAACCUUGAGACAGGUGAGGUAUGUUAAAGUGACAGUAUGAAGUCAGACUGCCAGACGCCAUUUUACACCUGGACGGAGCAGGAGGAGGACAACAGGUGUUAAUGGUAUCUCUCUCAGACUGGAGAAGAUGAGUGAUUCAAACGAUGAGGAAGAGGACGGGUUUCCAGUCCCCAGCUGUCUGUCUCUGAAGAGUGACCGGUCUAUAAGGGAACCUCCGAAGAUCAGUAAUGAACCUGGACCCUCAGACACAAAACAGAGAGCAGAGUCUCCAGUCCCAAGCUGUCUGUCUCUGAAGAGUGACUGGUCUAUGUUUCAACCUCUAGUCUUCAGUGAUGAACCUGGACCCUCAGACACAAAACAGAGAGCAGAGUCUCCAGUCCCAAGCUGUCUGUCUCUGAAGAGUGACUGGUCUAUGUUUCAACCUCUAGUCUUCAGUGAUGAACCUGGACCCUCAGACACAAAACAGAGAGCAGAGUCUCCAGUCCCAAGCUGUCUGUCUCUGAAGAGUGACUGGUCUAUGUUUCAACCUCUAGUCUUCAGUGCUGAACCUGGACCCUCAGACACAAAAGGGAAGAGGACGAGUCGUGUUCCUGUGGAGGAGCAGCUGUCCAGCUGUGCUCUGUGUCAGGACGUCCUGAAGGAUCCAGUCUCUACCAGCUGUGGACACUGGUUCUGCAGACAGUGCAUCACCUCAUACUGGGAGCAGCGACCUCCAUCAGGAGACUCCUCCUGUCCCCAGUGUGGAGAAAGAUCCAGAACUGGACUGCAGAUAGCCAGUCAGACCAGCUCUGUACGAACAGAUAGUGGUCUUCAGGAGGUUUUAGAUGAACAUAGGCUCAGUCUGAGGAGGAGAUGUGAACAUGUGACUGAAGGAACUGAUACAAGUGAAACCCUCCUCACAGCAUCUUCACUGAGCUCUACAUCACACAAGGACAGAGUGAAGAGGUAAUACCCAACAUGAGGUGUGGCAGCUUGAGAGAGCUUCCAAGAAGAUGACCCUCCAUGACACUCCAAUCAAGUGCCAGGACAUCUUUAAAGCCUUACCUGACCAACAGACUCACAUCAGAGCGGUCCUGACCAACGGAGUCGCUGGAGUUGGAAAAACCUUCUCAGUGCAGAAGUUCACUCUGGACUGGGCCGAGGGUUUGGGAAACCAAGAUGUCAGUCUGGUGAUCCCGCUC